AAGUGUUUUGGAGUUUGUGUUGUGUUUGCAUUGAAUAACUAGUGGUCUAUUGAUUACAGUAUAGUCUCAUUGAGACAUCGAUUCAAUGAAGGCAUCACUCGUUCAUGAAUUAGUGCUUUGAUUGUCAAUACGAUUAACAAACCAAACACUUGUCAUACAAUCGGUUAUAUUGUCGUCAAUAUUGGGCCCAAAUGUGGCCGAAGUGUCCCUCAAACCACUAGACCCUAGAAAUCAGCGCCAAUUGUGACAUUUGAAGCGAGAUUAUCACCGCAAUGGCAGUGCAUUCUUCGGCAUCAUUGACCUCAUCGGUGGGUCAGACGAAGCGCAAAGAGAUCUACAAAUAUGAGGCCCAAUGGACUGUCUAUUCAAUGAAUUGGUCCGUCAGACCAGACAAACGCUUCCGACUGGCACUCGGCUCCUUCAUUGAGGAAUAUAACAACAAGGUGCAGAUCGUGGCGCUGGACGAGGAGUCGAGUGAGUUCUGUGCGGUGUCCACCUUCGACCACCCCUACCCCACCACCAAAAUCAUGUGGAUUCCCGACUCCAAGGGUCACUUCCCGGACCUGUUGGCCACGUCUGGCGACUAUCUGCGGGUGUGGAGAGCCGGUGACAAUGAGACUCGACUCGAAUGCCUACUUAAUAAUAACAAGAACUCCGACUUCUGUGCUCCGCUCACAUCCUUUGACUGGAAUGAAGUGGACCCCAAUCUGUUGGGCACAUCCAGUAUCGACACGACGUGCACCAUAUGGGGCCUCGAGACGGGACAGGUGUUGGGUCGCGUGAAUCUGGUCUCCGGACACGUCAAGACACAGCUCAUCGCUCACGACAAAGAGGUUUAUGACAUUGCGUUCAGUCGGGCCGGCGGUGGACGCGAUAUGUUUGCGUCGGUGGGCGCCGACGGGUCGGUUCGCAUGUUUGACUUAAGACAUUUAGAGCACUCAACCAUCAUCUACGAGGACCCACAACACCACCCCUUACUACGCCUGGCCUGGAACAAACAGGACCCCAACUACUUGGCCACAUUCGCCAUGGACGCGUGCGAAGUGAUCAUUCUGGAUGUACGGGUGCCCUGCACUCCAGUCGCACGACUCAAUAACCACAGGGCCUGCGUUAAUGGCAUCGCAUGGGCUCCACAUUCUUCGUGUCAUAUCUGUACAGCAGCUGACGACCACCAGGCGCUCAUUUGGGACAUCCAGCAGAUGCCGCGCGCCAUCGAAGACCCCAUCCUCGCCUACACCGCCGAGUGUGAGAUAAAUCAGAUUCAAUGGGCGAGUACUCAACCCGAUUGGAUCGCCAUUUGUUAUAAUAAUUCACUCGAAAUAUUAAGGGUUUGAAUGAAAUAUAUAUGACAUUUUUGAUCAGCAC